CCGGCAGCAGCCCUGUAGACCCAACACAUUGAGAGCAACACUACAAAUCCCAUCCGCCGUCUGCCUGCCGUCUGCUCUGACGCCCGCUCCUGCCUGACGCCGCCUGUAGCUGUACGCGCCCACGGGGACGCGUCUGCCUGUCAUGGCCUCCAACAACCCGCUGCAGAACCCGUCGCUGCCGUCGCUGCCCCAGCACCAGCAAAACGACACGGGCUUGACGUCUGCCCUUGCCAGCCGCUACCAUGCACACCUCCCCAUUGCCAGCCUCUCCUCGCAGGGCAUUGUCGCCAUCAACACGUGUACAGACUCCAGCAUCGGUGUCGAUGGCGGCAAGGAAGGAAGUGCACAGCAGGCCGCCGAGGACCUCACCCAGAGAGCCUACACGCGCCUCGGUCAGCGCUCCGAGGACCAGGCCGUUGUCUUUCUCGGUGAGUCCGGCGCCGGAAAGACGACGAUUCGCGGCCACAUGCUGAGGGCCUUUCUCUCCUACUCAUCUACGCCCCUGUCCAAGAAGAUUGAGCAUGCCAACUUCGUUUUCGAUGCCUUCACCACGACAAAGUCCCUCACUACCCCGCAAGCCUCCAAGUCUGGUCUCUUAUUGGAGCUCCAGUAUAAUACCGCCACCGCCAGCCACGCCACCCUCAUCGGUGCCCAGUUCCUCGCACACCGUCUCGAGCGCAGCCGCAUCGCCUCGGUGCCCACCGGAGAACGCACGUACCAUGUCCUCUACUACCUCCUUGCUGGUACCAGCCUGAACGAAAAGAAGCACUUGUAUCUCGACGCCGUGGGCGGCGAUGGUUCCGGAGGCAACCGCGCUUCGCUCGGUGCAAACAAGAGAUGGCGAUACCUCGGCCACCCCACACAGCUCAAGGUUGGCAUCGACGAUGCCAAGGGCUUUGCUGAUUUCAAGACUGCGCUGCGACGACUCGAGUUUGGCAAGGAGAGCAUUGCCGGCAUCUGCGAGGUCAUGGCCACGAUCCUGCACAUUGGCCAGCUCGAAUUUGAAAUGGGCCAAAACACCACACCGGCGCCCGAUGAGAGCGGUGGUUACUCGCACGAGGGUGGAGAGUCCAUCACCGUUGUCAAGAACAAGGACUCUCUCUCUCCCAUUGCCCAGUUCCUGGGUGUUUCCAUUCCAGACCUGGAGCAGAGUCUGCGGUACAAGUCCAAGACACUGUACCGCGAGCGCGUCACGGUCAUGCUUGACCCCAAGGGCGCGCGAGCCAACGCAGACGAGCUUGCCCGCUCUCUGUAUUCGCUUCUCGUGACAUAUGUGAUGGAGCAAAUGAACUCCAGAAUCUCUGUGCCUGCCGAGGAAAUCUCCAACACCGUAUCCUUGGUCGAUUUCCCCGGUUUUGCCAACUUUGCCUCGACAGGUUCAGCCCUGGACCAGCUUCUCAACAAUACCGCCAACGAAUCGUUGAUCUCCUUCUGCCAGGAGAGCUUUUUCCAACGUCAGAUUCAAGAGCUCGAGGCUGAGGAGAUUUCUCUGCCUCCAAUGGCCUUUUACGACAACACGGCUGUCAAGACGGGAUUGAUGAAGCCGGGCAACGGAUUGCUCAGCAUUCUGGACGAUCAAAUGCGUCGCGGCAAGACUGACAUGCAGUUCCUUGAAGCGAUCCGCAAGCGUUUUGACGGCAAAAACCAGGCCAUUGUCCCUGGCAGCCUCACAGUCGUGCAGCCGGGCAGCAACUUCCCUACGCCCAACACUUCGCCCACAUUCACCAUCCGUCACUUUACUGGUGACGUAGACUACAGCGUCGAGGGUCUGUUGGAGGAGAAUGCCGAGCUCAUUUCCGGUGACAUGAUGCAUCUGCUCAAGUCUGCCCAGGCGCCCUUCAUUCAGCAGCUCUUUGGACAGGAGGCUCUGCAGAAGAUGUCACACCCCAAGGAAAAGUCUACCAUUGUCCAAGCCACCGUCAGCUCCAAGCCUACGCGCCAGCCUAGCAUGGCAAAGCGCAAAGCGGACAAGACCGGACGUUAUGGACGCCCACUCAACGUGUUUGACGAAGACGCCAUGAGCGAUGCCGAGAGCACCAUCUCAGGAACAAAGAAAUCCGGUGAUUCAUCAUCCAAGCAGGCCGGUGCUGCCGGUCAAUUCAUCAGUUCUCUUCGAACUAUUGAGUCGACCCUACGCAAAGCCAACCCGUACUUUGUCUUUUGCCUGAAGCCAAAUGACCGGAGGAUUGCAAACCAAUUCGACAGCAAGUGCGUUCGUCAGCAGGUGCAGGCUCUUGGCAUUGCUGAAAUCAGCCAACGUCUGCGCGUUGCCGACUACAGCAUCUUCAUGCCAUUUGCCGAGUUUCUCGGUCUUGCUCAGACUGAUCUCGCUAUUGUGGGAAGCGACAAGGAAAAGGCUGAAAUGGUCCUUGAUCAAAAGCCGUGGCGCGAGAAUGAAGUUCGCGUCGGCGCCACUGGUGUUUUCCUGAGUGAAAAGUGCUGGCUCGAGAUUGCAAAUGUUCCAGGUGUGACCCCAUACGCCCGGGGCGCUGGAGACUCAAAUGACAACCUGCACAACCCAGAUGCCGGCCGAUCUUUUGGCGAUGUUCGAUCUGGUCUGCUCUCACCUUCGCCUGGCGGGUACUAUGAUGACAAGGGCGGUACCUACUUUGGUUCCCGCGACGUCGAUGCUCGUUCAGAAGCCCCAUCUGGUAUCACCAACGGCGACAUGUUCCAUGGCUUGGAGCAGCCAAAGCCUUUGGAUGAGAAGGCGGCAGACGCCAAGAUGGAAGAAGUUGAAACUAUCCCCGUUUCCGCCAGCCGAAAGAGAUGGGUGUUCAUCGUCUACUUGAUGACUUGGCUCAUACCUGACUGGGCCAUCCGAGUCAUUGGGCGGAUACCCCGUAAGGAUGUGCGCAUGGCGUGGCGCGAGAAACUUGCCAUCAACAUGAUCAUCUGGUGGACUUGCGCCUUUGCCAUUUUCAUCAUGAUUGGAUUUCCCCGAGUCAUUUGUCCCAAGCAAAACGUUUACGCACCUGCUGAAUUGUCAAGCUUCAACGGCAAGAACGGAAAGCAGUCUUAUAUCGCCAUUCGAGGUGUCGUCUACAAUCUUGGUGACUUCGUACCGCGCCACUACCCCAGCAUCGUCCCUCAAAAGAGCUUGGAGAAGUAUGCUGGAAAGGAUGCUACCAAUCUGUUCCCUGUACAGGUUUCUGCUCUGUGCUUGGGCAAGGAUGGCAAGGGCAUUAACCCCGCUGUUCAGCUCAACUACAAGAACUCAAACUACAGCGACUCUCCUGCCCAGAACCUCAUCAGUUCCACCGACGUCAACGCUCAAUACCACGACUUCCGCUCCUUCACCAACGACUCGCGUCCUGAUUGGUGGUACGAGCAGCAAAUGUUUCUCAAGGCCAACUACUUCAAGGGCCAUGUCGCCUAUAGCGCUCAGUAUCUGAAGACGCUUGCUUCCAAGAGUAACGCCAUCGCCUACAUGAACGGCAAGGUAUACGAUCUCACAGACUACAUUCCCGGUGGUCGUGAGCUCAAAUAUCCUCCUGGCCAAGAUCCCAAGGACCAACAGAACGUCGACACCAACUUCCUGGCCGACCCCGUCGUGGACAUCUUCCGCGUUCAGGCUGGUAAAGACAUCCAAAAGUAUUGGGACAACAUGCAGCUCGAUGCGCAGACCAAGUCGAACAUGUUGACCUGCCUCAACAACCUCUUUUACGUGGGCGAUGUCGAUACCAGAAACUCAGCACGGUGCCAGUUUGCCACGUACUUCCUCCUGUCCAUUUCGAUUCUGCUGGUUGCCGUUAUUGGUUUCAAGUUUCUUGCGGCCCUCCAAUUCAGCCGUAAAACCGAUCCUGAGAACAUUGACAAGUUCAUCAUCGCUACCGUCCCUGCGUAUACCGAAGACGAGGAGUCUUUGCGCCGCGCUAUCGAUUCAGCUGCCAGGAUGAAGUACGAUGACAAGCGCAAGCUUCUCGUCAUUGUCUGCGACGGUAUGAUUAUCGGUCAAGGUAACGACAAGCCGACGCCCCGCAUUGUCCUCGACAUUCUCGGUGUUCCAGAGUCGACCGAUCCUGACCCAUUGAGCUUUGAGAGUUUGGGUGAAGGUCAACGCCAGCACAACAUGGGCAAAAUCUACUCUGGUCUGUAUGAGGUCCAGGGUCACAUUGUGCCUUUCCUCGUCAUCGUCAAGGUCGGAAAGCCCUCUGAGGUCUCCAAGCCCGGUAACCGCGGAAAGCGUGACUCUCAAAUUGUCCUGAUGCGAUUCCUCAACCGCGUGCACUACAACCUUCCCAUGAGCCCCCUGGAGCUUGAGAUGCAUCACCACAUUCGCAACAUUAUCGGAGUCAACCCUACCUUUUACGAGUUCCUCCUGCAAAUUGAUGCCGAUACCGAAGUCGCACAAGAUGCCGCCACCCGAUUUGUCGCCGCUUUCCUCCAUGACACUCGUCUCCUUGCCAUUUGUGGUGAAACUGCUCUCAGUAACGCCAAGUCUUCGUUGGUUACGAUGAUGCAGGUCUACGAAUACUUCAUUUCGCACAACUUGACCAAGGCCUUUGAAAGUCUUUUCGGCUCCGUCACGUGUCUUCCCGGUUGUUUCACCAUGUACCGCAUCCGCGCCGCCGAGUCUGGAAAGCCCCUCUUCGUCAGCAAGGAAGUUGUAGAGGCCUACCAGCAGAUUCGUGUCGACACGCUGCACACCAAGAACCUUUUGCAUCUCGGAGAAGAUCGUUUCUUGACCACACUGCUCAUCAAGUUCCAUUCCAAGUACAAGACCAAGUACACGAUGCGAGCACACGCCUGGACUGUCGCCCCCGACAGCUGGUCCGUCUUCCUGUCGCAACGUCGUCGAUGGAUCAACUCGACUGUGCACAACCUUGUUGAACUGAUUCCACUUCAGCAAUUGUGUGGUUUCUGCUGUUUCAGUAUGCGCUUCGUUGUCUUCAUGGAUCUUCUGUCGACUGUUGUCCAGCCGGUCAUUGUCGUCUACAUUGGUUACCUGAUUUACACUCUCGUCUGGUCGACUGACAUUGUGCCCAUUACGGCAUUUAUUAUGCUGGGUGCCAUUUAUGGUUUGCAGGCCAUCAUCUUCAUUGUCCGACGCAAGUGGGAAAUGAUUGGUUGGAUGAUCAUCUACAUCUUCGCCACUCCUGCCUUUUCCUUCUUCCUCCCAUUGUACUCUUUCUGGUUCAUGGACGAUUUCUCGUGGGGUAACACCCGUCUCGUUACUGGUGAGAACGGUCGGCAGGUUGUCAUCUCAGACGAGGGCAAGUUCGACCCCGCGUCGAUCCCGAAGAAGCGAUGGGAAGAGUACCAGGCGGAGAUGUGGGAGCAGCACACGAUCCGCGACGACCGCUCAGAAGCUUCUGGUUACACAUACGCCACCCGGAAGCCAUUCGGAGGCGCAUCGGUCGCGGGCUCAGAGUAUGGCGGCAUGGCGCCAUCCCGAGCUAUGUCACAUCUCAAUGUGUCACGCUACGACAAUCCUUCACGGUUGAGUCUCGCCCAAAGUGGCUUUGGCAUGGACAGCAUGGAGAUGGCCCAUCUGCCAAGCGACGAUGCCAUUCUGGUCGAGAUCAAGGAUAUUCUAUCCAAGUCCGAUCUUAUGAAUGUUACUAAGAAGCAGAUCAAGAGUGAACUAGAGCAGAGAUUCGGAUGCGAUCUCACGCUCAAGAAGCAGUUUAUCGGUUCUGCCGUCGAGUCGCUACUCAUCAGUGGCCAGCUGUACUAGGACCCGCAGCGCAUGGCCUCUGCUGCCACUGUCAUCUGACUGUCGCAUUCUCAUUUGGUUGGCGUUUGAUGUGAAUUUGGGCGUUUGUAUAUUGUGAGCUAUGAACAGCUUGCACCUUUCAUCACUCAUACUGGUUUUGCAUUGGGAACGGGAAAAUUUAGGAGUAGAUAUAAACCGCCAUAAGAUAACUGAGGCUAGCCACGAAGUAUUGAAUUGUAAUAAUCUUCG